ACCUCAAAAUGGUGGACGAGAAAGGCGGAUAUUGUGUUUCCUCGAUUGAAAAAUAAGAUAAAAUGCCACAUACUCACAGUAUAAUGAAAAAUGUUGUUAAGUCGAUCGAAAAUGGCUUACGAAAAUAUUAAUACUACAUUAUCAAAACCAAAUGAUCUUGUUUUUGACAAUGACAGUAACAGGCAGUUACUUUUUCAACAUUUUUGUAACAAUCUCUACCUGGGUCAAUGGGAACUAGCAAGAGCAUGCAUUGAAGAACUGAAUUUAGAGUGCCAUGGGCUAGAUAAGUCUAUUUCCAGUGUUCUGAAAGAUAUUGCCAGACAGCCUUUCAACAAAUGUAUUUCAUCUACCUCUGGCCCCUCUCCUUGUCAGCUGUCAUGGCACUGCUUGUUGGAAUCAGAAAAAUUAAAACAUGAAACACAAUCACAGAUUGAAGACAGUGUACCUGACAAGUACCUUGUUGAGUUUCAUCUCCUCCUUGUGGAUAUAUGUCCAUACAUAACAGAUGCUCACCUUAAGGAAGUGUACUUAUACUACAGAUGGAUCCACUCGAAAAUAAAGGUGGACCAUCCUUUGACACUGUCAGCCGGUCUUCUCAAAUUUCUCCAAACCUUGUUGUCACGGCAACCAUUAUUAGGUCAUUCAUUGAUAUGGUCACUAUACAAGACAGAGAAUCUACAGCUGAGCAAGAACAACAAAGCUUUUCAGUUGGUUUAUGUAAACAGUGUAAAUUCUUUGUUGGACAGUCUUAUGCAGGAAGAUUUGGACAUAGAUAUGAAAUUAGAAAAGGCAGAAAAGGUGUACAUAAUAUUAGCAAACUUUGAUUUUAAUGUGGAGAAUAGUCAUUUACCAGUUCGUCAGAUGUUUUCAAAAAUAUUAGAUUAUUGUCAGCUUCAACCAGAUGUUUUAAGUAAAACAAGAACUGUCUCUGUUUUAAUGGGACUGCAGGAUACACAUCUAUUGGAGGAAUUCUGUCGGAUGGAUUAUGAAGCAGAGACCAACAAGGCUGUGUCUAGUUAUCAAGUUUGUGCUGAGUUGACGGAAGAGCAGAGGUUAAUUUUGCAUCUUACAACAUUGUCAGAUUUAGGUACAAGAUGGAAGAUGUUUCUGAUGUUUGCAUUGAAGAGAAAGAGACAUGUCCUGGAAGUCAUUAUGGAAACUUGUUUAGCCCUUAUCAAAUGUAGCAUGUAUUCUGAGUUGAAAAGAUUACUUGAACCAGAAGAGUUAUGGCCCCUGAAACCAUUAUUGCUUUUGUUGGGAUGGACACAUUGCUAUAGCAGUUCUGAAGCAAGACAGUUACUAGACCUGUUGUGGAGUGACAAGUUUGAAUGUAGUCAUCCUGCAAUAAGAAUGGGCUGUGAUAAAUUGGCAUAUCAAAUUGACUUGAUUCAGUGGUGCCUUGAUAAAGCAAAACCAUUGCUAAGUGAAGAUACAGGAGCACCUCAGUUUCAGAGAGCAACAGAUUUGUUUAAGGGUCUUGAAAGUCAUUCUGUACUUUACGUGCUACAGCAUUCAACAAAGUUGUCUUCUCUUGAUCAAGAGGAAGUUCUGAAUCUACUACAGAAAGUUCCCUUGCAAGGACAGACAGAAGAAACUGACAAGAAGAAAGUAAAGACUGUGCGCUUUGAGGAAGAAACUGAUGCCCAGUCUAGACCUACAACCAGUCUUGAUCAGCAAAAGGACAUGGCAAUUUUUACAGGCUAUUGUGUUCUCAAAAACAUGAUGGACACCAUUUUGUUUUGCGCAAAAUGUUCCGAUAAGAGGUUAACACAUCCACUUAGGUCAAGAGGUAGACAGAAGCUUUCGAGAAGAAUUGGUUCAGAGAGUAGUUUGGAUAAAUCUACAUUGGCUAGGAAAAUUAGUGACACUUCUAUCAGUGGUAACAAUGAGAAUACAUUAACUUCCAAUGAUGAGCAGGAAAAGAAAUUAGAUGCAGAUAUUCAGGUUUUAUACAAAGAGAAGGUUACUCAUACACUAACACAAACUAAACAUUUGCUUUCAAAACUUCUGCCAUUGACAUUCAGGGUUGAAAUUCUAGAGAAUAUAUUUAGUCUGUUGUUUUUGACACAUGAAGAUGUCCAAGAAACAUUGCUGUUGUCAGAGUAUGAAAGUGAUGAAGAGGACCACAAAGGUUUGAGUAAAAGUGGAAGCAAAUCUUCUAUCACUCCAUCGUUAUCUCCCUCGAAAAACUCUUUUGAAAUAAAGACACCAGCUCUGUCUGUUACAAAUUCCUCUAUGAAUACAUUAAAUAUAGAUUAUGACAUACCAUUUGGGGAGACUGAAGAUGCUGAAGUGAAUGUAGCAAAUAAAGUUGACAUGAACAAAGUUGGAAAAGCUCUUAAAGAAAUGAAAACAAAUAUAGUUGAAAAAAGUGAAAAAGUGACUGCAGCUCAGCAAAGUGAAGGUCGGCGAUCAAGUGUGUCUGAAAAUAUCAGCUCUAUUAGCACAAGUAGUUCACUGAACCUUGAUACUAUUGGUUUUAUUGCCAAUGAAUACAUUGUAAGAGAUGUUCUUGCUUUGCUGAAAGAUUGUAUACUGGAUGUUUCUGCAGCAAAAUUUCAGUUAUUCGGAAAUAAAGCAGACACAAGAGAAAGAUACAGGUCAUCAAGGGAAGUUACUCCUGGCAGAUCAACAGAAAUUGAUGUUAACACAGAAGAGGCUCUUUGUCGUCUUGUAAAAUCAAGCAUUACCAUGGAAACACUUCAAAAGAGAAUUGCUCAACUAGAACGAUACACAAGCGAAGCUCAUUGGCGAUAUCAGCUUGUGUCAAAUGAAAACAUUCCAAGAACUCCAGGUGAAGUUUUAAAGGAAGUUAUCAUUACAUCUGGUGACUCUUCAGAUGAGGAGAUGGAGAUUAAAGGUUAUGGCACAGGUUCUAGUACAAGAAAACGCAGAAGAUCUAGUGGUAAGUCACCUCUUGGUGCACCAGAUGUUGAUAGAGCUGAACGAAAGAAUUCAGGAGAAAGUGCCAACAAGCAGACGUCAAAUAUUAUAGUUGCUAGGAAACCAGUGGGUCAAAUGAGGUCACCCAAAAUAGUAUCUGUAAUGUUGUCUAGCCCUGUAACUCUGUUGACAAUGUCAAUUAGAAAAGGACAGAUUACACAAACUAAGCAGAUUAUUAAAUUGUUUAAAUUGGAGGAUACUCCAGAGGCAGUAGAAAUACUUUUCUCCCAGGCUUAUCAUAAAGCAUGCCGUGCUAUUCAAAGUAUAUUAGAAAAAGAUUCCCAAACCACAAUAAGAGAACCAAGAAAGAUGGAGCUUAAGGCUGUUGCCAGUGCGGCUGCUGCAGGACUUGUCACAGCUUCAGUUUCGGAUGUAGCAGAUGACAUUCUGAAAUUUCCAACAAUUCCUAAAAUUCCAAAAAUAGAUUUACAUGAAAGUCUUCCACGAAAUGUUGUCCAGUUAUUUUGUCAGGAGAAUAUUCCAGUGAUGAUACUUCUAGAUUUGAUGUGUUCGUCUGCUAAAACGUGGAAUGUUUUUGCAAUCAUCUUAGACACAAUCAGAUCCCAUCAACCGAAAAAACCUCAACCAGAAAUAGAUGAUUCAUCACAAAGUCUUGAAAUAAAAACUUCAGUGCCACUUUCAAGACAAAGAGUUGUCAAAAUUAGAACGUUUGCUGAUAUUUUGGACCAAAUUCAGUGUCUUCUUUGUCUCGGAGCAGAAGAUCAAAUACCCAGUAAGGAGCAGGAAACAUUCCAGAAAAGUGUUCAGUAUUAUCUCAUUAAUGCAACACUUCCUCUAACAGCAGAUAAAACUAAACAGUGUGAACAGUUAAACCAGAGUCUUUCAAAAUGCAUAUCAAAGGCGGAAGAAGCAUUCCAGCAAAACAAGGUCAAGGGUCAUCAUAACCAGUCAAGGUCAGAGUUCAGACAGAGAAUGGGAAGUACUGGGUCACAAAGUUCAUUGUCAGGGUCUAAAUCUGAUAGACCUACAGUUCAUCAUUAUAUGAAACAGUUAAUACGCACCCUAGAGAAAGAAGUUCCAUCUGGGGGUGUUAUUACUAUCAUUUUAAGGUCACCUGUGAGCAGACAUAAUUCCAACAGGAACUACUUGUUAAGCCUGUAUGAGCACUGUAAAGAGCUGGCAUACCUAACAGCAGAGUCAGAGUCACACAGCAGAGAAACAAUGGUGAUUCCAGCAAAUUAUUUUGCUGUGUUAGGGGAGGGCCCAUUGCGUAUACUUGGAAGAAUGAUGUUUAAAAAGAAAAUGGCUCCAUCAAAGUUAGAAAAAGUUGCUGCCAAGUUGAGUUUGAACCUAACACACAUCAUUGUGUACAGUUGUUGUAUAUGUAUACCUAGUAAAAGACUAGCCUUGUUACCAGUAGCAACAACAGCUGAUUGUCAAGAAAUUAUGUUUUCAAGUGGCAAGAUCGUAUACAACAUAGAUAAAGUAAAUGAAGUGAGCACUUUGGGUAAUCCUGAGGAACAUGUGCGGAACCUACUCACAAAGCUUGUAGCAUUGAUGAAAGAUAUAGCUGGAAGGUGUAAUGCCCAGGGGUUGUUUGAUACCACAUGUGCUAGUUUACUGACAAAGAGCACAGAUUUCUACAAUAUCAUCAGGCAGACGUCACUCCUCCAAUCAGCUGAUUUAUUACUGUUGAAUAAACAAGAGAAGACAUGUUUCUAUGGCAACCUGCUAACGCUGAUGACCAUCCAUUGUCAUGUGAAUCAUAUACUGCUGUUAGAAAAUCAGGCAUCAACAAACACCAAUGCUUCAAAGAAAGAUGGUAUGAAGUCAUACAGUAGGAUGUCAGACACUGAACAGAUCACAUUUCUCAGUACCUUCUCCUAUAGAGUGGGACCACUUGGAGAUGUCAGUAUAUUUGACUUGAGAUAUCAGAUUACCAGGUGUGGUUUACUGGCUCCAUCAGAAUGGGGGAAGACACUUGAGAACAGGUUACACCCACUUCAUGACUGUGACCCCUGGUGUCAGUUUGCUCCAUGUGUUGAUCCGCAGACAUUGUUCACUACAACAUCGUGCUCAGUGUCUGCCCCUCCUUUACAGAUUCUGGAUCCUUCUAGAGUAGAGGAGCAGCUACAGACAUCUAUGAAAGAUUACCUCCAAACAUGUGUGCAUAUAGACAAACAAAAUAAACAUGUGAAGAUUCCAGAGUUGUUACUUUGGUACAGAAGAGAUUUCAUCUCGGGUCAGGGUGUCAGUGAAAUUGAUAAAGAAACUUAUGGCCUAUUAGCAUUUAUUGAGUCACAUUUGAGUGGAGAAAAAGAAGCGAGCUUAAAGAUUUUGAUACAGGAUGCUGAGACAUCUCCUAAAAAAGAUUCAGAUCAUAAAAAUGAGAGCAAGUUUAAGUUUGAUGUAGAUGUCUUACCUCAUUGUAAAGACUUUAUGUGUGUCUUCGACUUCGAGUCAAUGUCUCAUGCUCAACAGACUCUCUCUGUUAGUGGUGACUUGGAAAAUAAACCGGGGGAUGUAACUCUCAGUGACUCAGACACAACUUAUAACCUAACACCAAACACUCUGGAAUAUAUCAAAUCUGAUUGUCCUCUGGUGGCAGCAUUGGUCAGUCUCAUAUGUUCAGAUGAUAUGGAAGAAAGUGUGAUUGACGAUGCUUUUGAUGACAGACAUUUUACUAUAAGUGGAAGCUCGAGUUCUUUUGAAAAUAGCCUACAAGUUAGCAUGAACAGGUCUAGGACUUCUUCCUCCAUGAGUAUGUUAGACCUUAAAAGUUACAGAUAUGAAAAAUUAUCCAAUGAACUUCCAGCAUUGAAGCGGCGCUUGUUGAAUUUUAUCGUCCCUCUGGCUGCAACGGAAGACAUGGAUAUUCUAAAAGGGGAUGAUCCGAUUUUGAAAUUACUAACUAGUGAUAUUGUAGAAAGGUUUAAAACAAACAUGUUCACUCUUCAUGAAAGUUCAGAAUUUAGGUCAAUGUUGUCUGGUUUACUGGAUGAACUGUUUGCUUUGAGAAAGUGGAAGGAAAUGCUUCAAGUGAUAGACUCUGUGCCAGUUACGGUUCUAAGAAGUCAAACCAGUCUGUGUAAUCUGCAUGAUUUUGUUGUCUGCUGUUUGAUUCAUAAGAUAUGCAGUGCUGCAGAUGACCCCUCAUUAAAGAAAGACAAGUCAGAAGAUGUGUCAGUGUAUUUGAACAAAAUUCUGUCAGCAGACGCGCAGGCUCAUGAAAUUCUAGCAGUUCAUAACAAGUUACACAUAGAGCAUAACCUAGACUUGUUCAAGAUGUGCCUUAGCAGACAGGAUCUGGGUACUAGCAUGAAACAUGUGCUCUAUCAGAGAUUUAAACAGAUUAAAGUUUUCUAUAGGAUAACAGAAUGUGCCAAAAGCCUACAAUUUAAACUAUCUCUACAGAGUUCUGAGUUGAUAUCAGAGGAGGAUAAAUUGAUUGCUAGAAAGAAACAUCUCAUUCUAGACAAGUUCACAUAUUGGCACACUGUUGUACAGAUGACAGAAACAUCCCCACGGGAGGUGUUAGGACUUCUGAUCAAAUCAGGUGACUUUGAAACUGCAAAAUCCUGGUUUACUCUGGAAAAACUUGAUAACGAUAUAAAAUUGGAAAUAGAAGAGAACCAUGUCAGCUCCUUGUUAAAUAUGCAGCCACCAAACACAACAAAGGCUUUCAUGCUUUUAGAAGAUCUACGAACGAGAGAUAAGGAUACUUGUUUGAUAAUGUGCAAAAAGUUUCUUCAAAUCUUCAACAACCAGCAAGAUGUUCUAUUUAUAGCAAGUUACAUGCUAACUCAGAUGGAAAAAGAUCUUGGUAGGCAGGAGCUUGAUUGUAUCAGACUGACUCAUAUUGGUGCCAGGAUGAUCCUUUGUUUACCGGAGUCAAUGCAUGUAGAAUAUUGUCACCUAGUUACGACACCUAGAUACAUCCUAGAACAGCUUCUUAUGAACAUGAAGCCAGAGCUAGCCAACAAGGCCUUUCAUGUUGUAAAGGAUGAGUUUACCUUAAUUAGAGAUCCAGGAAGCAAAUUCAGCCCAGAACAAUUCAACACGUUGGUGGCACUUUAUGCUGUAAAAGCUCUAGAGUUUACUGUGAUACAGGUUCUUGAAGAUAAAGAAAGAACAUUUUCAGUGCGAUCAACAUCUUCUGAUAAACUUGACAUUGAUGCUAGAAAUAGUCCACAGUUUAGACAAAGCCCACAACCUAAACAGGACCUUCAACAUCUAAAACGUAGAAGCGUUGUUGAUCUACAAGGAUCAAGGUUAGCUGCCAGUGCUCCUCAUACAAGUGACUAUGCAGGUAGAGAUACCAAGGAAAUAAACUUUGUGAUGCCCUCAGAACCUCCACCGAGGGACCAGUGGGUACCUGACUCAUCUACAUCUGUCUGUAUGGUGUGUAAAACUGAGAAAUUUAGCAUGUUUAACAGACGUCAUCACUGUAGACGAUGUGGACGAGUUGCAUGUGCUAGUUGCUCUUCAAAAGUAACACCUAUCAAAGGAAUAAAUUCUCGAACUUGUGAUGAUUGCUACAAACAAAUUGUUAAAUCUAGCGAGGUGGAGAGACGUACAUCAGCGGCAGAGAUAUAUGAACAAUAUCGUAUAUCUGACUCAAGCAUGACGAGAUCACCUAAACCAUCAUACCCUGGUGGUCUCAGCUAUAUACAAGAAGUUACCACGGCACAGACACUGUCCGAGGCUAUAAGUCACUCCCAUACAGCUUGGAAACUACAGUUAGAUGAUGAUUACAAUUCAAAUCUUAGAGAAGACUUUUACUUUGAACAGAGGCCAUUUCUGGCCCUUACAAGAUGGCAGCAUAAAAUGAGGGGCGGUGAUAUGACACAUCAUAGAUGUGCUAUGGCACCAAGUACAUCACUGUGUAUUUCUAUCUUAAAUCUCCAUAGCAACGGAAGAGAAUGUGGUCGGCUUAUUCUCAAUUUGUGUGACAAUCUUUCAAAAUAUCUUAAACCACUUGCUCCAGGAAUAUCUAAUCCAGAGGUGGACUAUAACCUUAUCAUGAGUAUGAUGAAGUACCUGUUAUUUCAUGCUAAAAUGAAGUUUACCAAGUGUGGAGACAAUGCUGGUAUGGGUCAGUGUGAUAAGUACCAGGGUCUAGUGGACCUUCUGGCACUGCUGGUUGUAGAUAAUUACAAAGAUCUACCAUCCAUUGAUGAACUGACUAAAGUUGACUCAGUCAGGAGACUUCGAGAUAAGCUGAUUGGUGAUGAGAGAUUAUCAUUAGCCAUGGAGGUAUCAACAAAAUGUGGUUUAGAUCCCACAGGUGUCUGGGUGUCAUGGGGAAUGGUGUGUCUUCAAAGUGGCGACUUUGCAGGGGCCAGGGAAAAGUUCAGUAAAUGUUUAAAGCCAGUGAAAGACAAAAAUGUGUGUAGUCCAUUACCAAAGAUUCUAAGUGAUGUAAUAGAUAGUUUAGAAUGCAUGCCAGGAACAGGAGCUAUGGAGAUACAGGUUUUACUUUCCAAUCCAGGUUCCCUGAAAAAUUUGAUAAAUACACCAACCAGUACCUUUUUUGAAGAAGCCAGUAUGGAUUCACAACAGUUUCAAGAAUGUCUCUAUUAUCUUAGAACAUAUGGCACAUACCUAUCUAUCGUAGAUUUCCAUCGACGUCAUGGUUAUUACAUGAAAGCUGUACAGUACAUUCUAGAUCAUAGAUGUAAUGUAGAAGUAUAUAUAGAGGGUUUACUCAAGCCAUCUCUAGAUGCUGGAGAUUUAGGUCGUCUAACAGACCAGAUGUUACUUAUUGAUCCAUCCCUAGAACUCUGGAACCCAUUCUUGACCGCAUCUUGUAGAUAUUUUGUCAAACACAAGCUACAUCAUGUCCUGUAUGAAUUUCAACUGUUUAUGAAGGACUUUAUAAGGGCGGGAAUGACGUGUUUUACAUACUUCUAUCAAGAUGGAGCUCACAGUUACAUUGACCUUGCUAGAAGAAUCAAUUAUCUCUUCACUGCGCAACAACAUAUGCAGGCAUAUCUAGAUCCAUCUAACUGGGGUAAUGUUCAGCACCCAUUGUCUGUGAUACAAAGGCAAGGAUCGUGGGAAGAGAAGGAAAAUAAAGGAGAACAAGUGUCUGUGAGACUGGUCAAGAGUCCAGAUGAAGUUAACAGGUACAUCAAAACAAUUGCUCUUCAAAUAGAGAUCACAAAAUAUUUUCAAGCAUGUCUGACUAGUUCAGAAGGGGAAUCAGCUUCCACAGCUAUGUCAAAAAUUGGAUCUUCCAGGGUGCCUACAUUGUUUGGAAGUCAGCAAGUCCGAAAUGAAUUGGUUAUAAUGAUAAUGAUGAUUGGUGAAAAUAUUGAGACAUCAUUUACUUUGGCAACAAGAAUUAUAAAGGAAUAUAAACUGGGAGCAGUUGGUAUAUAUACACAUGUUGCUAGAGAGAUGGCCAAAUGCCGUCUGUACGACAGAAUCCGACUGUUAUUACAAUGUAUUGAGCAGACGGAUAUGGCAACAGAUGAUGUUAUGGAUGAGAUACUGGGAGCCUGUCUCUUAGUAGUUGCUGAUAUUCCUAGUGAGGUAAAAGAAGCAGAAAAUAUCAUCAAAAUGCUAAGAAGAAAUGCAAACAAGAUAAAUGCUUAUAUACUUUGUGGCAAAUUGAGAUCAGCGUACCUUCUAUCAGUCAAGGAAAACCGAGUUGACGAUGUACGAAGAAUUCUGCGUGCUGCGAAAAGCAUCGGACAGACAGCUGUGAUAAAUAUUUGCAACAAAUGGCUAGAGCAAGCACAAAAAUAGAUAUGGCAUUAGGAAUAUACUUAGAGGAUGUGACAAUUUAUACGAAGCAGCCAUGUUGAUAUUCUGAUCAAUAAAAUUUUAAGGCUAUGGACAUUGUCUACCUAUAAAAUUUGGUGAUAUCAUUUCUUUAUUACAAGAUAGCUUUCAUAUUUACAACAAAUGGCUGGAACAAUUCAAACAUAAACAUAAGCAAUGAUACAGGUGAAACAGCUACUCAUAAAAUGGGCAGUAAAAUCCAAGAAUGGCAACUUUCAUGAUAAAUAAAAAUUACACUUACAUGAGCUGACGAAAUAUUUUAGUAAAUAAACAAAAAUUGAAGUGCAAACUAUGUGAUAUUGACUGAUCGAUAUAGUUUAUGUUUUCUGACAUUAUAUGUGUUUAAUUUAUUAUUGUUAUUUUAUUGUUGGGUUUUAGAUUAUACCAACACUGCUAACAUCUUGUGGUCAGUUGCACAGAGCACGUCCAUGACAUUCUCAACAAGCUAAGUUGGAAAGUUGCCAUGUGACGUUAAUGUUUGUGUGACUUAAAGGACAGCUAAACAAAUUCUUAACCUGUCAACCACAUAGGCAAAGUUUAAUUUUACUGAGUUAACUUGAUAUUUGUACAUGUGUAUAUGUAAAGUAUUAAUUAUGCAUUAUUUGAUAACCUGUAUAUCAGACAUAAACAUUGUGAUAUUUGUUCUUGGUGCACAUACAUGUAUUUUGUAUUAGAAGUAUAUUUUUAUUUUACUAUUUGUUUUACAUUAUUUGUAUGUUAUGUAAAUUAAAUAUAAUAUCACAGAAAUAAGCUGGACUUUUUGAAGUAUAGAGGGAUUUUUUCAUAGGCACCCCUUUGUUAGUGAUGGCCUAACAUCUGGUUAAAGAUUUUCUUGCAAUUUUAUUUUUCAUUGAUAAUUAUUGAAUUAUCCCCCUUUGGGAACUUACAAAUUACCAAACAAAGUAAAGAGUAAUUUACUCUUUUUUUUUCCAAUCAAGCAUUGAAAAAAUACCAAUAUUCCAUAGCAAUUAUGUACUGAAAAAUCAAACUUGAUUCCCACAUGAAGGCUUUCCUAAGUAUUUAAUAUAGAUAUUUCUAGGGCAUUAAUUGUAUUUAUUUCACUAACUACCUUUCAUCACUUGAUUGCCGGGCCGGUGGCGUAAAAUUAUCUUUUUAUUUCUUAGUAAAAAUUUUAUAACCAAAUAACAGGGUCUUGCUGCAUGGGUUCAAACCCUGUCAGGAGCAAGCCCUUGUUUCCUUGAGCAAGAAACUUAAAGUUUACACUCAUUGCUUUCCAGGAACAGAUUCGAGAGUGUUUCAAUAAGCUUAUAGUUUUCAACACAAUCAAACUAAAAUAAAUAAGUGUAAACCAAACAGGGUCUUUCUAUUUGAAAACCCUGCAACAAAUAAGAAAAUAUCCAAAUAAAACUGGUCGAUUGAUACAAAGAUAAGCAUUUUUAUGACCAUAUAGUAAUUGAUAAAAAUGUUGAUUGAUAGUCAUUUGAAUUCACAAGGUGAAGGCAGGAAAUAUAUAUAUCAUAUUAUGUAUAAUGCAAAUCAUGGUGGUCAACAAGGGAAAUAACUCUUGUCACAAUUUGUUUAAGUUGUUGAAAUCCUUUACCAGUGAUAAUGGGACAUGUGGGAGGUGAAUGUUGGUUAUAGGUUCCAAUAUUCUUUAGAGCAACCACCUUUGAAAAAUAUAUUUAUUUACUGCUACCGUUAUAACGCAAUGUUGUGUUCAUUUUUGUACCUCAUAAUUUAAUAACUUAUUUUACUUACAUACACAUAUUUUAUUAAAGGCACAGUACACUUCAAAUCUCUUUUUUUUUCCUUCUUAGAAAUGAAUUUAGAGCAUGUUAGAUGUUUAUUCCAUGAAGUGAUGAGAUAGUUGCAUUAGAUGUGAAAUAAUUUGUGAUAAAAGUAGCAAAACAAAAACAAAAUGGUUUUUGGAUUCUCAUUCAAAAUCACUAUAACUGUACUGAAUGCCCUAGUCCACAGGCAAAGGUUCAUCUAAUGGCAAAUGAGAAACUUUUUGGGAAUGAGUAACAAGACACCAAAAAUAAAAAUGUUUUGUGAAAUAAACAUAAUACAUGUACUAAUUUUGAGGCUUAAUGGGCAUUUAAAGUGUGAAAGUUUCAUCCGGUUAUUAAGACAUGACCAAAUCAAAUGUUCAAUGUUCUCAUUCCAACGUUUCAGCUUAAGCAUGUAUAAGCAUACGGUAGUUUAUUUAUUUUUUGUGUGUAAGGGUACUCUGUCAGUGGCGAACAAGGGUGUAACAUUCUCACAAUGUGUAAUGAGCUGUCUGUGAGGUCUGUUGAAACAGAAUUAAUGAAUUUAUUGUGUAACAGUUACUUUAUGAUUUCUAUAUUGUUAUAAUUACUAUCAUUUACCAUUCUAAAUGAAAAUGUCAAGUGAGUGUUAAAGAAUAUAAUUAUACUAUUUAAUAAUAAAUAAAUGACCAACAAAAACUACUUUUU